UUCAAUUCUUGUAUGUUUUGGGGCAGUGUUGAGUGACAAGUGUGCCCUGCUGUGCAGCUGUUGUUCAGUCAGCUACACGCGUCACUGCGGGGCGGUUGUUGCACAGCGUGCGCUCCACUGCCUUAGCCUACUGUUUUCUUUUCACCGUGGCAAUGGCAUCUACAAGAUCUAAGACCGAGGUUUAUUUACUUGGCUCGUUGGAGCACUCUAUCACUGGAACUAAGCUGCCGUCAAAGAAGCAGGUGCUGCAGGUGUUCCUAUAUCACCAUCUGCAACAGAGAAAGACCAAGAACAACGCAGCAGUGGAUACUAUGGCAGUGGUGGAAGAAUUCUGGAAGCGCGCUCGAAUUCCUAUGCAGAAGCCGCAGCGAGCAAGAGAAAAUAUCAUCCGUUUGUAUGAGAAAUGGGUGGCACUGAAAAAGAACAAGAACAGAGCAACAGCGACCCAAAAGGCGAAUGAGCGAAAGUUCGUCGACUCGCUCGAAAAUAUUUUCGACAUUGCUCACGCAAAUGCGAUGUCGAUGAUCACGCUGGAAGAAGAUCGGGAGUUUUUGAAGGCUCAGAGGGAGGAAGGAAGGCGAGGGUCGAUGAUUUCAAGGGACAUGUCCCUGGCAAAGCAAGAGUCUCGACGCAAGAAACGAAAAGAAGAAGAGCAACGCCGUGUGACAAAGGCUCUUCAAGAGCAAGAGAAGGUGGAUGAAACGGCCGAACUUUCAUCGAGCUCAAGUUCAACGUGCUCCCCAAAACGACCAUUUGAUGAAGGCGCUGGUCCAUCUGCGUCCCAGAUGCCCCCGUCUAAGCGUCCGUGAUCGUCGAAGAAGGUACUGGACAGUCACUUGUCUGCCGCAUUGGAUCGGACCUUGACUUCCGACCGUGACGCAGUUCACCUCGUCAGUGCUGCUGCUCGAAGCCUCGGACACGAUCCCAACCAACUCGUG